UCUACUAAGCACCUCAGUAUGCUUUUUGCUUCGUUCGAGAACGCGUGUGGCCAGUUACACAUUUUCAAAUUUCGGAUUUGGAAUUUUCGAACGAUCUUCAUGUGUUUUCCCCAGUGAAACGGACUUUGGAACUGAAUUACUAUGCGAAAUAUUUAAAUUUUCCGCUAGGAAUAUUUGACGAAUAUAAAUCAACAGAUCACCAAAAUGGUGGUGAUAAGCAAACCGAUGUUCGAUGAAGUGUGCCGUGGCCAGGCUUGUCGGGAUAUAUUCCACCCCUGGUCGGAGACGUGUAUAGGAGUGCUGCCCAGGGCGUUCAUGGACUCUGUGAAAGGCAGCUUACGUUUUUAUACUAUAGUUUAUUUGGCACAACUACCAAUGCACAUGAAGCAUUUCAAAAGCAAAGAAAUGUGGAUCAAAAUGGCGGAGUACUACUGCAGAUCAGUCACGUUCGGUCUCCUCGUGCCUUUCACCUUCAUCACAAGUAACUGCUUGUUUAGUCAAUUUGGAAUAAAGCUCAGCUACAUAUCGUCUCUGUUAGUGCCACUGACGUUGAAUGGCCUCAACAUCUAUUGGGAACCACCGAGCAGAAGGAGUCUAGUCAUUAAUCUAUUUUUUAAUCAGUUACUCGAGUACUGGAUGCGGUUGGCGAGUCAAGCCGGGUACCUCAACAUCACCAAGUCAAGGCAGACCUUGAUGUUCAUGAUCGGGAGUGGGCUGCUGUUCUACAUGAUGAGGCUGGAAGGAGAUAAGCCUAAAGAACAAAGAACUCCAUUAUUGUGGAUUUACAACGCGGAAAAAGUAAAUCGGAAUCCAGAAAACCCAAAGAAGCCGUGUCCGCACAAGGGACCCUGCCAGAAACACAUUCUAAAGGGGUACGGAACCUAUUUCGCCGUCGGUCUAGCCAUCAGCCUGGCUAAGUUAAUCCUGCCUAGGAUAAAAACGCCUCUACGAGCGCUAUCCUCCCUGAGAGGAAGACACUUCAAGAUGGCUCUAUUCUUCGGCAGUUAUAUCGGUAUUUACAGAGCUGUCCUGUGCUUCUUGUGUCGGAAGAAAGGAUACGAUUCAGAACUGUUCGCGCUACCAGCCGGUUACCUGGCAGGGCUUUCAAUGGUGUUCAGCCCAAGCCUAGGAGUCGCUAUAGCUUCACUUACUGGGGCUAUGAAGUUAUACUCAACGAUUCUCUACGAGAAGAAGGUUAUACCUGACAACAUUCCUCUGCCAGAGAUGCUCUACUGCACCUGUCAGGGUCUCCUCUUCACCUCUAGAUUCGUGAACACCAAGGCAUGUCCUCCGUACAUCAUGAAUUUGACGGACACUAUUAGUCAUGGACAUUGCGAAGCAAUACACCAACGAGUUGCGGAAUUAAUAAGUAAAGGAAACAUGUGAUAAAAUAUUUAUUAGUGAUUGGAAUGCACACAUUUGGGUGACGGUACAAAUCGUAAAUGCGCAUGGAACAUCAAGGAGUAGCCUUAGUUUGAUUUAAAAUAGCUUUAAAAUAUAUUAAUAUUGAGCAA